AUGCUGCACACCUCCAAGCACAUGACGCUGAAUUCGCGCCGGCAACACAUCUGGGAAACCGUCAUUCCCCGCUUCGCCAUGCGGAGCGAGGCGCUCAUGCAUCUCCUCCUUGCCCUGGCGGGGCUGGACUACGCCUCGGCCAGGACGGCCGGUGAGCAGCCAGAAAACACGUCUCCAGACAUGGAGGGCCAGCCCUCGCCAGCCAACGCCGACCACGACCACCGCCACAACCACACCCUGGACGCCACAUACCUCCAGAUCAUUAUCGAGCACCACCAACGCGGCCUGGAAGCAUUCAGGACGGAGCUCGCCAACCUGUCCAGCGCGAAUCUCAACCUCGUGUUCGCGGGCUCAAUGCUGCUGGUCGCGUUCGCGCUCGCGUCCCUCCGCAUCCGGAACCUGAACGACGCGCACUCGCAGCCCGGCCAGCCCCGCCUCGACUGGAUCUUCCUCAUCCAUGGCCUGUGCACCGUCAUCAAGCACAACUGGCCGGAGGUGCGCAUGGGCCCGCUGCGAGCCAUGACGCAGUACAGCUACGCGAAUGACGACUGGCGACUGUGUCCGCGGGGCGCGCUUCGCUCAGUGUCUUCCAUGCGUCGAGGGUGCUCGCCGCGUCUGGUUGCGUUCUGCCGCGGCGCGGAUGCGGCCUUGACUCAGCUGGUUGGAUACCAUGCGUCCUUGGCCGCCCGGGAGGGGCAGGUCCUGGAGGAGCAGAAGACUGCCCUGGAGCUCCUGGAGGGCAUGUACAUGCGGACGCUGUACGUCGUGCACUUUUCAGACGAGGCGCGAGAGUCGCCGCUUGAUGUGCAGGCUGAUCUGGAAGACGCGGCGCUCAUGGCUUGGGCGGAGUUUCUGCCCGAGGGAUACUUAGAUACUCUGGCUGGCAGCGGGGUAUCUUCGACGCUGUCGUAUGUGAUUCUGGCGUACUUUCAUCUUCUCUUCUCGCUGUUUGAAUCUGUUUGGUAUGUUAAGGGGGGGUUUGAUGGGGAGAUUGUGAAGAUUAAAGCGUUGGUGGAUAUGUCGGGAGAGAGGGAGUUGAUGUCGUUGAUGCAGUGGCCCGUGGCUGUUAUUGCAGUCAAUCAUGAUCAUAGCAGUUCUAUGUAUAAUGUCUAA